AUUUCUUUGUUCUCUUUUUCCUCCUGCCACAUACUCUUUUUUGCCGUCUUUAUAUCUAGCAUACCAAGGAAGGUCCAUCCAUCCAUCCAUCUUCUCACUCUCUCUUUUCUCUCACAACUCAUAAUCAAAGAAAAGCAGAUCCAAGGUGGUUGUUAAGCUGUCAUUCUAUCAAUCAAUCAAUCCCACCGAAGAGAGAUAACAUUGAUCAAUCAAUUUUAAAAGAGAAAGCAAAGGGGGAAUCAAAGAAGAUGUCAUCCUCUUCCACCUUGUCUUUGGACCACCUUCCUCCCGCCGAGCAGCUCUGUUAUGUCCAUUGCAACAUAUGCGACACUGUCCUUGCGGUUAGUGUUCCUUGCACAAGUUUGUUCAAGACUGUAAUGGUUCGAUGCGGUCACUGCACCAAUCUUUUGCCAGUGAACAUGCGUGGGCUACUUUUACCAUCCACUAAUCAAUUUCAUUUGGCUCACAGUUUCUACACUCCUUCACAAAAUCUUAUGGAAGAGAUCUCAAAUACUUGUCCAAAUUUGAUGUUCAAUCAAGCUAAUGCGAGUGACAUAGCCUUACACACUCGUGGAGUUGCUGCUGAUGAGCUUCCAAGGCCUCCAUUUAUCUACAGAAUUGAGUUUUUUUUUUUUGAAGACUCCCAUUGAUGUUCGUAUGGAACUAUUAAAACCGUUUUUGUAAAACCCUCUGUGCCCUGUCCAACCCCCCCCUCAAAGAUCCAAAAUUCUCUCAUAAAACUUGCAAAAGAAGGAAAUGAAGUCUUUCAUCAACAAUAUGUUAAGAACCCUUUUGCCUGCUAUUUCAGCCUUCUGUUUUAAAAUCAGACGCCCUGAUUCAGACAAGAAAAAAAGAACUGUUCUUGUCUUUUACUCUAACUUGACAGUCCAA